UCACAAAGAGAGAAGGCGUGCAAAACGUGUGUAGCCUCCUCUACUCAUUUACAUACAAAUCAACCUGGUCUUUUCCUUUUCCUUCCCAUUAUCAUCAACUCCCCUCCUCCCUUCGUAUUUUCCUAGAAGUACUUCAAGGCUUCUUCUUUAAGCUCCCUUUACGCGUUUGACAAAAAGAGAGAAAUUUUUUUUUUUUCCACACGCUUUUGUUUGUGUGUUUAAGGCCGAAGCCGCAUGCAAUCUUGAAACAAAAAUUGUGGCACCACAAACUACCAAUUUGGUGAAUUACACAGAAAACAAAAAAAUAGCAUCAAGUUGUUACAAGUUGAAGUAAGAUGGACGGUGGAAGAGACAACAAAGAUGAGUCUAAUGACAAAGGGCUAUUUUCACAACUUGCUGGAUAUGCUGCUGGACACUACCCACAGCAUGGAUCAUACCCUUCACAAGGAUAUGGAUAUCCUCCACAAGCACAUGGACCACCUGGAUAUGGAUAUCCUCCACAAGCACAUGGACCACCUGGGUACCCUCUCCCUGGUGGGUAUCCUCCUCCAGGUGGGUACCCUCCUGCAGGCGGGUAUCCUCCAUCUGGAUAUCCUCCCCCUGGGGGAUAUCCACCAUCUGCCUAUCCUGCCCCAGGUGGAUAUCCACCAGCCGGAUAUCCAGGUUCAUCAUCUCACCAUUCAGGGCAUGGACCUAAUAUGGGAGGGAUGCUAGCUGGGGGUGCUGCAGCUGCAGCUGUCGCUUACGGGGCUCACCAUCUUGUGCACGGGGGUCAGCACGGCUAUGGUUAUGGGGGUCACCACGGCUACGGUCAUGGGAAGUUCAAACAUGGUCAUGGUCAUGGGAAGUUCAAACAUGGCAAAUUCAAGCAUGGGAAAUUUGGCAAGCGCUUUGGCUUUGGGGGCAAGUUCAAGAAAUGGAAGUGAUAUAAUGGACCUUAGGCAAAAUAUAAUGGCCGGUUGAAGAUCUUAGUCUCUCUGUUGAUAAUGGUAUUCUACAUUUGGCUUUCUGAAAAUCACCUCAGACAAGAUUUUUUGGAUUCUUUUUAUUAAAAACUGCUAUUAUGUAUAUGUCAUUCUAGUUAUUUUCGUUCUUGUGAUGUAAAUGAAGUUUCUGUUCCAAAACGACUUCAAGAAUUUUCUCUUUUCUUUUUAUCCUUAACUAAUUUUGAGUUCUGUUUUGGAAA